CCCGGGCUUUGAGGCCUGACCCCUCUUGAGAGGCCCCGGGGCGGCGCUGUGGGGCACCUCGGACACCCGGUGGUUGGGGCGGCGCGUGCGGCGGUUGGGCCGCAGCCGGGUGCGAAGGGUCGGGAUGGAAGAGGCUGGGGCGCCGAGCAGGGACGCGCGGGGGCGCGCGGCCGGUCCGCCCAGCGGCAAUGGAGAGGAGAGCCCGCCUGAGAGGAAAGUUUAUAUGGAUUAUAACGCUACCACCCCCCUGGAGCCAGAAGUUAUCCAGGCCAUGACCGAGGCCAUGUGGGAAGCUUGGGGAAAUCCCAGCAGUCCUUACCUGGCAGGUAGGAAGGCCAGGGGUCUCAUCCAAACAGCUCGGGAAAACCUCGCGACGAUGAUCGGUGGGAAACCUCAGGACAUAAUCUUCACUUCUGGGGGCACUGAGGCAAAUAAUUUAGUGAUCCAUUCUGCAGUGAAACAUUUCCAUGAAACCCACUCCCUGAAGGGCGAUGCGGCUGAGCGUCACAGCCCAUCAGCGGGGGCCGCACCUCACUUCAUCACCUGCACCGUGGAGCAUGACUCCAUCCGGCUGCCCCUGGAGCACCUGGUGGAAGAACACGUCGCCGAGGUCACCUUUGUCCCAGUGUCGAAGGUGAAUGGGCAGGCGGAGGCUGAUGACAUCCUGGCGGCUGUCCGCCCAUCCACGUGCCUCGUGACUGUCAUGCUGGCCAAUAAUGAGACCGGCAUCAUCAUGCCCAUAGCUGAAAUCAGUCAGCGAAUUAAAGCUGUGAACCAGAAGCGGGCUGCUUCCGGGCUGCCUCUCGUUUUUCUGCACACGGACGCUGCGCAGGCCUUGGGGAAAAGGCGUGUGGACGUGGAGGACCUGGGCGUGGACUUCCUGACAAUCGUGGGGCACAAGUUCUAUGGUCCCAGGAUUGGAGCACUCUACGUCCGAGGGCUCGGUGAGCUCAUCCCUCUGUACCCUAUGCUGUUUGGAGGUGGACAGGAGCGGAAUUUCAGGCCAGGGACAGAGAACACCCCGAUGAUUGCCGGCCUUGGGAAGGCCGCCGAGCUGGUGAUGGAGAACUGCGAGGCCUACGAGGCGCACAUGAGGGACGUCCGCGACUACCUGGAGGAGCGGCUGGUGGCUGAAUUUGAUGGAAGAAUCCAUCUGAACAGCCAGUUUCCAGGGACAGAGCGGCUGCCCAACACAUGCAACUUUUCCAUCCAGGGACCCCUGCUCCGAGGCCACUUGGUGCUGGCACAGUGCAGGACGCUGCUGGCCAGCGUGGGCGCUGCAUGCCACUCGGCCCACGGAGACCAGCCAUCCCCGGUGCUGCUGAGCUCUGGCAUCCCCUUCGGCGUGGCCCAGAAUGCCAUCCGGCUCAGCGUGGGCCGCAGCACCACCCGGGCCGAGGUGGACCUGGUCGUGCAGGACCUGAAGCAGGCCGUGGCCUGGCUGGAGAACCAGGCCUAGGGCCAAGGGCGCCUCACAGGAAGCUCCCCCAAGGGCUGUGCCCGCCUGACCCUUCCUAACUCGCCCAGGAGAGUCUGGGUGCGGAGGGGCAGUGUGCAGUGCGGCCGUGCGUGGGGCAGGGGUGCUUACAGACUGGGACACAAACGCCCACCUAGGGCCCGCUGCCAUGGCUGCCCAGUGGCAUGGCUGAAAGGAAAUGCUUCAGCUGUGUCCAUGCUCCCCUCUGGGAAGUGGGGUGAGCCUUUGGGGAGUGCUCCCUUCCUGGGAGGUGUGCUUUUGUGUAGAAGAUCAAAUCCUUGUAUUUAUAAUCAAUUACCAAUUGCUAUCAUGAAAAUAGGAAACCUGGAUUUUGCUAUGACCAUGGCACCUGUCAUUCGCCCAGCAGUUUGGUUGCCCAUGGGCCUCCCUGCCUCAGCUCGGCCCUGUCCAGUGGGUGGGGCGGCGGUCAGGCCCUGCACUCUGCCUGGCCGUCCCCUACCUCCCAGCCCUGCCUGGGCCAAGGAGGCCUGUCGCCACCAGGCUGUGGCCUCUGGGCACCUCCCCGCCCAGAGCCCCCUGCGCCUCCAGCCUCUUCCCUUUUGGUCAUUUCCUCGGGCUCACUGGGCAGCUGAGCUGCGGGGGGCUGCUUACGUGAUUCUGGGGCAUCCCCGAGGUGGGGAAUCAGUCCCCCAGCUCAGCUUCCCAAUCUUACUCGCACAGGAAUUCUUGUAUCUUCACGAGUGCUUAUCUGACACCAAGUGUAUCUCAUGGAGAUGUUACACAGAAGUGCUUUUUAAUAAAUAACACUUGUAAUGUGUGGUUUUAAGGUGAAAAGAGCUUAUGAUGACAUUGAGGAAAUAAUUGUCAGAAAUUAAAUGAACUAAUAAAAAGAUUUCAGUGCUUGUGUUGGACC